AUGAGGGAGAGAAAAGGAAAGGAAAAAAAAAGGAAUAUAAUAAAAAAAAAAAAAGAGAAGAAAAAAGAAAGAGAAAAAAAAGAAAAAAGAGAAAAGAAAGAGAAAAAAGAGAGGAGAAAAAAAGAAAAAAGGAAAGAAGAAAAAAAAGAAAAAAAAAAAAGGAAAAAACAGGAGAAAAAAAAGAAAAGAGAAAAAAGAGAAAAAAAAGAAUUAAGAAGAAGAGAAGAAAAAAAGAAGAAGAAGAAAAAAAAAGAAGAAGGAAGAGAAAAACAAAAGAAAAGGAGAAAAGAAAAAAAAGAAAAAAGAAGGAAAAAAAGAAGAAAAAGAGAAUCGAAAAAAGAAAGAGAAAGGAAAAGAAGAAAAAGGAGGAAAGAGAAAAAAAAAAAAAGGGGAAGAAAAAAAGUAAAAGGAAGAAAAAAGAAAAAUAAAGAAUGA